AUGGAGGGCAGAGCCGGCUGCUCGGGGGCCACAGGGCAGAGCCGGGUGUUUGGGACAGAGAGACAGAUGUGCGGGGCCCAGGGACAGAUGCAGAUGUUCGGGGUUCACAGCGGCAGAGGUUCGGUGCACAGAGGAUGGCACAGAGCUUUGCAGUACGAGGGCAGAGGUGUUCGGGGUGUGGAGGUGCAGCUGUUCGGGGUGUAGAGGUGCCCGGUACAAGGUGCAGAUGUGUCCAGCUGUGCGCAGCUGUGCCCAGCACACAGCCAGAGCUGUCCCCACCCCUCCCUGCUGCCAUGAACCCAGCAGGAGCGGUGGCACCGGUUCCCUUCUCCAGACCCCAGCCCUGUCCCCGUCCCUGCCCAUCCGCAGUGACACCGCUGCCCUCGCUGCCCUGUCCCCGGUGGCACUGGCGCUGUUGUGGCCGCGGUGGGCGCAGCCCCUCGCUCCCGCAGCACCUCCAAGCCCUUCCCACCCCUGAUCCGCCGGGAUUUGGCCUCUGCCUUUGUUUCUGGAUGCGGUCGGUGACGCACGUGGGGCACAGAGCCGAGGGGCAGCUCCGGGGCGCUGCCAGAGCUUUACUGCCCCGGUCACGGGGCUGCGGGGCCGCGCUGCUCACAGCAGCGAUGACGGCAGCGACAGGGACAAUCACAACAGUGCUGAUAACGAUAUCGAUAACGAAACGAGCGCAUCUCCUCAGCACGGUCCUGUUCCGGGGCUGAUCCCCAUUCCCGGGGCUGAUCCCGAUCCGCUCCCGGCGAUGCCCCCGGGAAUGAGCCCCCCAGGACCCUCAGUUCCUGUCCACUGUCCCGCAGGCCGGGCAGGGCUGGGGACACUCGGGCAGGGCUGGGGACACCCCAGGCAGGGCUGGGGACACUCGGGACAGGGCUGGGGACACUCCGGGCAGGGCUGGGGACACCCCGGGCAGGGCUGGGGACACUCGGGACAGGGCUGGGGACACUCCGGGCAGGGCUGGGGACACUCGGGCAGGGCUGGGGACACCCCAGGCAGGGCUGGGGACACUCCAGACAGGGCUGGGGACACAUCCCGCACUGCCCAGGGGCGCGCAGGGCCAGCAGUGCCCUGGGGGGCUCUGAGCCCCCCUGGCCCCGCAGCCCCGGGUGGGCUCUGUCCCCCGGCCCGGCUCCCGCAGCCGCGGCCAUCCAACAUUCAUGGCCUGGGGCUGCGUGCUCAGCCCGAGCCCCGCGGCCUCUACAUAUUUCAUAUUUUGCAGGCAGGGAGGCAGGCCAGGAACAGCCUGCAGCUGCUCUUAUCACACCAGAAACAACCCGAUUUUAAAGGCUAAUAAACAUCCUUUCAAAGGUUCGGGUGCCUAUAAAAGUGCCCGCUGAGCGCAGCCCGAGCCCAGAGCUCGGGGCGGUGUCCCGGGAGCCUCUCCCGGCUGCUGGGGCCGCUUUUCCUGCAGCCCACCCUCCUGUCCGUGAGCACAGCGCUCGUUCCGCGGCUCCGCAGCGCGUUCUGGGCUGGAACCGACCGGGACCGGCCACGUCCCGGGGCGCGCCGGGACCGCUGGAGCCGCGGCCCGAGCGGGAGCACGGAGGUUAUCCUCGGGAAUAAAGGGCUGUUCCCUGCCCGCGCCGCUGCUCGAUGCUGUCGCGGCCCACGGGGCGUUCACAGCCCCCGGCCGGGGCGGGCAGGGGCGAUGCGGGCGCGGAGCUGCUCCACCCUCGCUGUGUUUACCCCAAACACAGCGGGGCCGCGGGCGGCCGCCCCUUAAAGCGCGGCGGGUGCGGGGCAGAGCGGAGCCGCGGCGGCCGAGCGGGCACACGCUGCAGGCGGGCUCGGCCUGCCGCUGCCCGGGGCCGUGCCCAUGGCCGAGCCGGCGGCGGGCGAGGACGCGGGCACCGGGCCAGAGGUGCUCGGCUCAUCCCCGGUCACCAUCGUGGUCACGUCCGAGGCUGACACCUGGGACAUCGACACCUCCCCGUGCCGGGGCCGCGGGCCCUUCGUGGACUGGGCCAAGAUGCCGGAGCCGCAGGGGCCGGCGCAGAUCCCGCGGGACGUGCUGGGCCGGCCCCCGAAGGAGCUGAAGCGGCUGGCCAGGGAGGGCUGCUGGGCCGGGAGCCACGCGGGCCGGGCCCGGCUCUACCCGCGGCUCAUCCAGCGGGUCUCCUGCCGCCUCGUCACCCCCGACGCGCUCGUGUACCGGGACGUGGCCGGCCGGCUCUUCGGGACCCCCGGCGUGAGCUCGCACCCCCUGCCCGAGUUCCUGGAGGGCUGCCCCGUGCCCACCUACUGCCUCAGCCCGCGCGGGGUCACGGCCCUGAGGAAGAUCCUGGUGUGCGUGGGCGCCCUGUUCCCCGACAUCACGCACAGCCCGCUGCUGCCGGCGCUGGCGGCGCUGCUGCUGCACUACAGCGAGGACGAGGCCCAGUGCUUCGAGAGCCUCUCGCGCCUCAUCGCCAGCAACGCGCCCCACGCCGCCUACAUCGACCAGUCCUUCCUGGCCCACCAGGCCUCCUGCAUGACCUUCGGGGACCUGGCCAGCAAGCACUGCCCGGCGGCGCACAAGCUCAUCGCCGGCGCCGCCGACAACGUCCUCGAGGUCUACUCGGAGUGGCUGUCGUGGCUCUUCCCCGGGCUGCCCUUCGCCUACGCCGCGCGCGUGCUGGACGUGUUCCUGCUGGAGGGCCAGAAGGUGCUGUACCGCAUCGCCCUGGCCCUGCUGAAGCAGUUCAGGCUCUCGGCCGGCCCGGCCGCGCCGCAGGGCUGCGACGUCAAGGCGGAGCUGCAGGCUUUCGCCAGGAACAUCGCCGAGCACGUGACCGUGGACAAGCUCCUGGAGAGAGCCUUUGGCAUCCGCCUCUUCUCCCGCAAGGAGAUCUGGCUGCUCCACAUGGCCAACAGGAAGGCCUUGAUGGAGAGGGGCAUCACCGUGGUGCAGAGAAGGCCGUCCUUCCCCCUGGCCGUGGACAUGCAGAAGUUCAGCUCCAGCACUGUCACGGCGCAGGAGAUGCGCCUCGUCUGGUCCUGGAUCCCCGAGCGCUUCUCGCUCUUCCCCCCGCUGCUGCUCUUCUCCACCUCCGAGGACGGCUGCAGCCUGCAGAGGUUCUACACGUGCUGUGAGGGCUACGAACCCACGGUGCUGCUCAUCAAAACCACCGAGGGGGAGGUGUGUGGGGCCUUCCUCUCCUCCGACUGGGCCGAGAGGAAGAAGAGCGGAGCCACGCCGGCCUUUUUCGGGACGGGGGAGUGCUUUGUGUUCACUGUGCGCCCCGAGGCAGAGAGGUACGAGUGGGUGCUCAUCCGGCAGCCGGAGCUGGCCAAGGCCGUGCCGCGCUGCCGGCAGCGCUCGCCUUCCCCCGCUGCCGAGCCCCCGCCCGGCUCCUCCCCGGGCAGCCGCAGCCCCCAGCGCCUGGCCGUGCCCUCGCCGCCGAGCAGAGGCCGCCUGUCCCCGUUCCUGGCCAUCAGGCACUUCCUGCUGCCCUCCAGAACGGCCUCCAUGUUCAUGUCCGGCUCCCGGGACGGCAUCGUCAUCGGUGGAGGGGGCGGCCAGGCGCUGUCCCUGGACGCCAGCCUGCUGCGGGGACACACGGAGCGCUGCGAGACCUUCGGCAACCCCCCGCUCUGCCGGGAGAACUUCCAGGUGCAGCUCCUGGAGGUGUGGGGCUUCCAGAGCGCCUAGCCGCCCCAGGGACACCCCCUGUGCCCCCCGGGCCCGGGCACGGGGACCCCCGGCCGGGCUGCGGCCCCGGAGCGGCAGAGAGGGCACGGCAGAGCGGGCAGAACAGACUGGAUCCGAACAGACGGGAUCAGAACAGACUGGAUCAGAACAGACGGGAUCAGAACAGACUGGAUCAGAACAGACGGGAUCAGACUGGAUCAAACCAGACCGGAUCCGAUGGCAAAGCCCUGCCGCAGGCUGUGGGUGCAGUGACAGCUCGGGGGCACCCCACAUUUGGGGCUGAGCCCUUUGCUCUGUCCCCAGCCCAGGGCUGGACACGGAGGAGAUUCCCCAAUGGGAUCACCAGGAUGGACCCUUUUAACGUGAAUUUGGAAGGUUUGGUGUCACUGGGCUGGGGUCACCAGGAUGGGCCCCUUUAAUGUGGAAUGGGAACAUUUGGUGUUUCUGUGUCAUACACGGGAGGGCUGGAGGCCACGGGGAACCCUCUGGCUGCAGCAGGAGAGCCUCUGCCACCCCAAACACACUGUCCCGGCUGGGGUCACCUCCCACCCAUGCCAGCCCUGCAGCCGCCUGGGGCUGUGCCAGCGCUGGCAGGAGGGCACAGCAGGAGCAGCCAUGGCAGAGCUCCCAGGGGCUGGGCACGGGCACACCAGGAAUGGCUCAGGGCCUCCACAGGGUACCCAGGCACGCCAGGGAUGGCUCACAGGACUGUGUGCCAAUUAAUAAAAAGUAAACGUUAAUAAAGCGAUGUGAUCAGCA